UUAAUGAAAAGUAAUAGUAAUUAAAUUAAGAACUUUAUCUUUUGUUUUCUACCUUUCUGAUGUGUUUUCUGUAAUAAUCGGUUGCCUUUUAUAAUAUAAUAUUAAAACCAUGGAGGUAGUAAAUGUGUUACCGACAGAGGGAGACACACUCCAACACUGUUGGAAACCGGAAGUAAACACUUUUCGUCAGCACCGGUUCAGUGUUUUGCUGAAAUCUUAUCGUGAAGCAACAAUCCCGACAUGUUCAAGUGGCCGAGACCUUUUAAAUGAAUGCAAACAUCUAAUUUGGAGUAAAUUGAGGCUGGGCUGAAACGUACUGCGCUUCAUAAACGGCGGUCACCUGACCGCGGGUCAGCUGACCUCAAAGUCCGCCUGGUUCCUCUCUGCAGCAGACCCGACCAUGAAGAAGAACAAGGCCAAGGCGAGCGGGGCGGUGGAGCGGGACCUUGUGUUUGGGUUCAAGGCGGGCCAGCACCAGUGUGAGCUGAAGGUUCCUCUCCAGUUCCCCGUGAAGGACAACGUCAGCGACCUGCAUGGCCGCCUGAUGCUGCUGCACAAGAUUCCCUGCUUCGUGGAGGACGAGCUCCGGAGUUCGCUGUCGUCCUUCGUGGAGACAAACAGCAUCCGGGACUACGACCGGGAGGCGGAGCUAGCCCUGAGUCGACUGAGCUCCGGGGACACUGACAUCAACGGCCUCACCAACGCCUGGGCCAAGGCCUACGCCGAGACGUCCCUGGAGCACGCGCGCCCCGAGGAGGCCAGCUGGGACGAGGACUUUGCGGAGGUGUACCACGAGCUGAUCCACUCGCCCGCCUCGGAGACGCUGCUCAACCUGGAGCACAACUACUGCCUCAGCAUCGCCGAGCUCAUCGGGGAGAGGGACAUGGAGCUGAAGCAGCUGCAGGAGAGACAGGCCUCAGAGAUGACCAGUGUGAUGCAGGAGCUGGGAAACACUCUGAGCGACCAGGACGUCAACACCGUCGCCUCGCAGCACUUUGAAGCUCGGCAGGUGCUGGAGAACCGCUGGGCCAGCGAGCUGAAGCACAUGUCAGAGAUCCAGAAGAAGGAGUACCAGGAGUGGGUCAUCAAGCUGCACCGCGACCUGCAGAGGGCCUCCAACAGCAGCAAGAUCAAUGAGGAGAUCAUGAUGCAGCCCAGCCAGAUGGAGGACUCUGAGGCCGGGGCGCCUCUGUACGAAGAGCAGCCUCUUCUGGAGGAGAGCUUCACCAUCCACCUAGGAGCCCAGCUGAAGACGAUGCACAACCUCCGUCUUCUGCGCGCUGACGUCCUGGACUUCUGUAAGCACGGGCGCCACGGCCGGGGCGGGGCCAAGCUGCGGCGGCUGCAGACGGCGCUGUCGCUGUACUCCUCCUCGCUGUGCGGCCUGGUGCUGCUGGUCGACAACAGGGUCAACUCCUACAGCGGCAUCAAGAGAGACUUCGCCACGGUGGCGGUGGAGUGCACAGACUUCCACUUCCCUCGGGUGGAGGAGCAGCUGGAGGUGGUGCAGCAGGUGGCGCUGUACGCCCGCGCCCAGCGCAGCAGCAAGCAGAGGGAAAACCCAGGUGGAAACACCACCGCUAAGGUCAAGAGGAACGGCGCCGAGGACAGGAACAAACAUCUGGAGCGGAACCCGUCCAACAUCGUACCAGGUGAGUUCUACAUCUCCCGCCACUCAAACCUGUCGGAGGUGCAUGUGGUGUUCCACCUGUGUGUGGACGACCACGUGCGCCUGGGCAACAUCACAGCCCGGGACCCCGCCAUCAUGGGCCUGAGGAACCUUCUGAAGGUCUGCUGCACCCACGACAUCACCACCAUCACCAUCCCCCUGCUGCUGGCCCACAGCAUGUCAGAGGAGAUGACCAUCCCAUGGUGUCUGAAGAGAGCCGAGUUGGUCUUCAAGUGUGUCAAAGGCUUCAUGAUGGAGAUGGUCUCGUGGGACGGUGGGAUCUCCCGCACCGUCCAGUUCCUGGUGCCCAAGACCAUCUCUGAUGAGAUGUUCUACCAGCUCAGCAACAUGCUGCCUCAGAUCUUCAGAGUGUCCUCCCCCCUGACGCUCACCUCCAAGCACUGAGGAACCAACAAUCCCCGGAGGAACCACCACCCAACACCACCUCUGGAGGAACCACCACCCAGCGCCACCUCUAGAGGAACCACCACCCAACACCACCUCUGGAGGAAUCACCACCCAACGCCACCUCUAGAGGAACCAACACCCAACGCCACCUCGAGAGGAACCAACACCCAACACCACCUCUGGAGGAACCACCACCCAACACCACCUCUAGAGGAACCAACACCACCUCGAGAGGAACCAACACCACCUCUGGAGGAACCACCACCCAACACCACCUCUGGAGGAACCAACGCCACUUCUAGAGGAAUCACCACCCCUAGAGGAACCUCCAACCAACACCACCUCGAGAGGAACCAUAAUCCUGGUGGAACCACCACCCAACACCACACACGGCCUUGCGUGCGCUGAAGGUCUUCUUCUAUCUCUAAUCCAGACUUCACAGGUCUGGCUCCUGGCACUCGGUGGUCAAUCAAAAUGUGGGACGUGCCCCGGAGAGGAACCGACCAGUCAUCCAGCACCACCGGGGGAACAAGAUCCGCCCCUCUGGGGACCAAUUAGCACAGAGAACCAGACUCUCGCCACCGGGGGGAUAUCAACGGUCAGCGAGGCGUGGAGGAGGGGGAGAGAUCUGUGUGGAUUGUCAGUGUCAGUCCUGAUGUUUCAGUGCUCAGAGAGAAGGGGGGGGAUCUGUGUGGAUCGCCAGAAUCAGUCCUGAUGUUUCAGUGGUCAGAGAGGAGGGGGAGGUUCUGUGUGGGGCUCCAGAGCCCGUCCUGAUGUUUCAGGACCUACAAAAAAAAAACAGUAAAUGCAAUUACAAUUAUUUAAAAACAUAUGAGACAGAAUGUUUCCAGAACAGUUUUCAUGACAGUGGUGACUCAUUAUCUCUGAUAAACAUUCAUAGAUUGUAUGCAAGCUGCCCAUGGCACAAGGCUUGUGUGUGAUGUGUUUUCUCUUGCAUCAUUUUUAAUUCAAAGGUAUUUAAUGUGAUUGUGACAUCUUCUGUGAACUUGACAUGUGUUGUGUUUGUUGGAGCGUUAACCAAUCCAAUCCUAAUCCAAUGUUGUUAAGCUCCUGGAACAGACGUGUUCGUUAAUAUCUUGUCCAGAACUGUGAAUUCUCUGAUCAGGGUUUGAGAACACAUCUCCUCUGUCCCGCUCAUAAACUCGCCCCCCUGCAGUGUUUUGAAUAAAUUUGUCGCUUGGAUUGCCGUUGCUGGGUGCCGUAAUGACCUUUAUGUCAAUCAUUCAUAGAGCGUGCCUCACAGCACCAGCAUUAUGUUGCUUGGACUGGUUUACGAUGAAAAAUGUUGUUUAGUUUUACUGUCGGGCGUUGGUGGUGGUAAUGGAGGGUUUGGAGUGGCACCUUAAAUCUCUUUUUAAAUGAGUUUCCUUCUACUUUGAAACAUGGACGAGCUGAGGGCGUCGGGUGGUUGAGGCUAACCUCCUGGGGGACUUUUACUUUGAAAACAGGCUUUCUCAAAGCUGGCCUCUCUAAUAGUUGUUGUUGAGUGCAGCUUGGUGGGCGAUCGAUCCUCCAGCAGACCCCUGGCCUACAGUCUUUGAAUAAAUAAAUGCAGGCCUCUGAUUUGAUAUCAGGCCUCCCGAUUGGACACAGAAGAUUUCAGUUCUGCUGAUUUCAUGUGGAGAAGAUAAGACUUGUGUCUAAUGGAGAUAUUCUGGUUAACCACACAGAUGAACCAUCUGAAGAUAAUCCCACAUGGCAGAGCGGUCUCUGGAGGGGUCCGUCGCGGAUCAGACCCAUUAGGACGGACCUGGUCCAGAACCAGAACUAAGGGGGGGAGAAACGAUUCAUCCAGGGGGAAACUGAUUCCAUUGGAAUGCGCGUCACCUGGGAAACACGAUUCAGACUGAUCUCCAAUCUGCAACCAGGGAAGAGCCGGUUGAUGAUCACCAGAGACCAGGAGCAACUGAGAGGAAAACUGAUCCCAAAUCGGCAACUAAUGAAGACCAUCAGUGAUGGACCAUCAAUAGACUAGUGAUGGACCAUCAGAGGACUAGACUAGUGAUGGACCAUCAAUAGACUAGUGAUGGACCAUCAGGGGACCACACUAGUGAUGGACCAUCAAUAGACUAUUGAUGGACCAUCAGGGGACCACACUAGUGAUGGACCAUCAAUAGUGUAGUGAUGGACCAUCAGAGGACCAGACUAGUGAUGGACCAUCAAUAGACUAGUGAGGGACCAUCAGGGGACCACACUAGUGAUGGACCAUCAAUAGACUAGUGAUGGACCAUCAGAGGACCACACUAGUGAUGGACCAUCAAUAGUGUAGUGAUGGACCAUCAAUAGAUUAAUGAUUGAUUAACUAGUGAUAGCAUCCAUCCCCAUUACACAUUAUGCUCUGGUCCCAGACACCACCGUCUGUUCUCAUACACCACUCUCUGGUCUCAGACAUCACCCUCUGGUCUCAUACACCACCCUCUGGUCUCAGACACCACCCUCUGGUCUCAGACACCACCCUCUGGUUUCAGACACCACCCUCUGUUCUCAUACACCACCCUCUGGUCUCAAACACCACCCUCUGGUCUCCUAGACCACCCUCUGGUCUCAGACACCACCUUCAGGUCUGACACCACCCUCCACUCCCUGGGCGACCCUCUCAUGGCUCUGCCUCAGGUCAGCGGUUCCUCAAACAUAAUCACGACGAUAUUAAACACACACUUAAAGGUUCGAAUACGAAUAUAAAAUAAAGUCACGUUUAACACAUCCGUUGU